GGUGUUUGAACAGGAAGGCGGACAUGUUGGCCAGGCUGUGGGAGAAAAUCGGGCAUCGUCUGCGAUUGUUUUCCGAAAACUAACACGCAUCGAGCCCGAUUUAUACGCGUUGGAUGUGAGAGAUAGCGCCGUGUGGACGGGAAGCGGCCGACCGUCAGUGACAGCGGCCGGGAUGCGGCGGAUGAACCGGCGUUAGACGCGCUUACGACUCCGCGUUUAAACUGAUCGAAAUUUGGAAGAAGCAGAAGUUUUUUUUUUCCCACCACUUCUACUUUUGAGCUGUCAGAUUCGUUUGCCGUUUUCUGCACGGGCCCUGGCACAGCGAUGGGACCGGGCCUGGACUAGCCUUCCCUCUGACUCCGUGUUUUUUCCUCCAACAGACGUUUACGUUGAAACUCUUUUGUUUGGAUGCAGCAACAUUUUAAGCUCUUAUCCUCAGCGGCAUCCUACGGAGGCUGACUAAUCUGUCGCCGCAUUUGUCUUCACCUCUGAAGUUGUUCGCCACUCACGCUGGGAAAAAAAACACAUCUUUGGUGUCUGGAAAUGUGGCUUUUGCAUGUUCAGUGCAGCCGUAACGCCUCCAUUGUCCGUGAAAGCUCGAGGAGAACGAUGUGUUUGCUUUGAAGUGUGGCGUAAAGUUCUCACGAAGAAAGGAACAUUUGGCUAGCUAGCUAGCUACCGCUGGCUGCUAAAGCUAGCUAGCCAGCCGUCUGCCUCGCCAGUGAGCUGUUUUUGUUCAUAACCCAACAUCGGGACUGAGUUUAACAGCAAGAUGUCUGCUGGGGAGAGUAUGGAGGCUCGGUUUGAAAAAAUCGAUGCCAUGUUGAAGGACCCAAAGUCGGAAAUAAACACGGAUUGUCUGCUGGACGGCUUGGAUGCGCUGGUAUAUGACCUUGACUUCCCUGCCCUGAGGAAAAACAAGAGCAUUGACAACUUUUUGAAUAGAUACAAAGAGACCAUUAGUAAAAUCCGUGAUCUACGGAUGAAAGCGGAGGACUAUGAGGUUGUUAAAGUUAUUGGGAGGGGUGCAUUUGGAGAGGUGCAGUUGGUAAGACACAAAGCCACAUGCAAAGUAUACGCCAUGAAGCUGCUGAGCAAGUUCGAGAUGAUCAAGAGAUCGGACUCGGCUUUCUUCUGGGAGGAGAGGGACAUCAUGGCUUUUGCCAACAGCUCAUGGGUGGUGCAGCUCUUUUUUGCUUUCCAAGACGACCGCUACCUCUACAUGGUGAUGGAAUACAUGCCCGGUGGCGACUUGGUGAACUUGAUGAGCAACUAUGACGUCCCAGAGAAGUGGGCCCGCUUUUACACAGCGGAGGUGGUCCUGGCCCUGGACGGAAUCCACUCCAUGGGCUUCAUUCACAGGGAUGUGAAGCCUGACAACAUGUUGCUAGACAAAGCAGGUCACCUCAAACUCGCAGACUUUGGGACCUGCAUGAAAAUGAACAAGGAUGGUAUGGUACGAUGUGACACAGCAGUGGGAACUCCAGACUACAUUUCGCCUGAGGUACUGAAAUCCCAAGGAGGAGAUGGCUACUACGGCAGAGAGUGUGACUGGUGGUCAGUGGGCGUGUUCCUGUACGAAAUGCUAGUCGGGGACACUCCUUUCUAUGCAGACUCACUGGUGGGAACCUACAGCAAAAUCAUGAACCACAAGAAUGCCCUGACCUUCCCGGAUGACAGCGACAUCUCCAACGAUGCCAAGAAUCUCAUCUGUGCUUUUCUGACUGACAGGGAAGUCCGACUCGGCCGUAACGGCGUCGAUGAGAUCAAGAGACAUCCUUUCUUCAAGAACGACCAGUGGACGUGGGAGAACAUCAGAGACACGGCUGCACCUGUAGUGCCUGAACUGAGCAGCGACGUGGACACCAGUAACUUUGACGACAUCGAAGAGGACCGGGGAGAGGAGGAGACCUUUCCCAUACCGAAGGCCUUUGUGGGCAACCAGCUCCCCUUCGUAGGCUUCACCUAUUACAGCAACCAACAUCCUCUGCGCAGCUCCACUGCCACGAAGGCCAGCGACAAACGUAGCAGCUCCGCGAAAGAAGACAAGAGUCAUCUGGAGAACCUGCAGAAACGAAUCUACCAGCUCGAGGAGCAGCUCCACAGUGAAAUGCAACUGAAGGAUGAGUUGGAACAGAAAUGCAGGACAUCAAACACCAAGAUUGAAAAGAUCAUGAAAGAACUGGAUGAAGAGGCGAACCUGAGGAAGAGUGCAGAAGGCAGCAUGUCUCUGCUGGAGAAGGACAAGAUCAUGCUGCAGCACAGAUUCACGGAGUACCAAAGAAAAGCUGACCAGGAGGCGGAGAAGAGGCGCAACUUGGAGAAUGAGGUGUCAACUUUGAAGGAGCAGCUUGAAGAUAUGAAGAAGAUCAGUCAGAACUCGCAGGCCUCGAAUGACAAGAUUGCACAGCUGCAGAAUCAGCUGGAAGAGGCAAACGACUUGCUGCGUGCGGAGUCGGACACGGCGGCGAGACUGAGGAAGAGCCACACGGAGAUGUCCAAGUCGAUGAGCCAGCUGGAGAGUUUGAACCGCGAGCUGCAGGAGAGGAGCCGCGCAACAGACGGAGAGAAGGCGCAGCUGGACAAAGAGCUCCUGAUGCUUCAGAGCACCCUGGACUCAGAACGGAGGAACUACAGCCAGGGUUCAGAGGAGAUCAGGGAGCUGCAAGCGAGAAUGGCAGGGCUGCAGGAAGACAACAAAAACUUGAAGCUCAGCCUCUCCAAAGUGGAGACGGAACGCAAACAGGCCCAGGAAAGGAGCAAUAAUCUGGAGAAGGAAAAGAACAACCUGGAGAUAGACCUGAACUACAAGCUGAAGACGUUGCAGCAGCGUCUGGAGCAGGAGCAGACCGAGCACAGGGUGACACGGGCACAGCUCACAGACAAAUACGAGUCUAUCGAAGAAGCCAAAUCAGCUGCCAUGAAUGCUGUUCAGCAGAAGAUGUCGGAGGAGAACGGAGCGAGGAUGAGGGCAGAGAGCCGGGUCGUCGAGGUUGAGAAGCAGUGUUCAAUGUUGGAGUUUGACCUCAAGCAGUCUGUGCAGAAGAUGGAGCAGCUGAUGAAGCAAAAGGAAAGGCUGGAGGAUGAGGUGAAGAGUCUGCGGAUACAGGGAGAGCAGGAGUCCAGCAAGCGCGUCUUGGCCCAGAACGAGCUGAAGGGCCGCAUGCAGGACGUCGACCGUCUGAGAUGUUCAGAGAAGCAGCUCAAGCAGGAGAUCAACACGGCACUAGAGAGCAAACGCUCACUGGAGUUCCAGCUGGCGCAGCUGACCAAACAAUAUAGAGGCAACGAGGGACAGAUGAGGGAACUUCAGGACCAGCUUGAGGCCGAACAGUAUUUUUCUACGCUUUACAAAACUCAGGUCAAGGAACUAAAAGAGGAGAUCGAGGAAAGGAACCGGCAGGUACAAGAGGCUCAUAAAAAGAUUCAGGACAUGAACAGUGAAAGGGACUCCCUGUCUGCCCAGCUGGAUCUGACCGUGACCAAGGCCGAGUCAGAACAGCUUGCUCGGGCGCUUCAGGAGGAGCAGUACUUUGAGCUCAGCCAGGAGAACAAGAAAGCAGUGACUCGACACAAGCAGGAGAUUAGUGAAAAAGAGUCGACCAUUGCACGGCUCGAGGAGUCCAAUAAAACUCUGACCAAAGACGUGGAGAACCUCAGCAAGGAGAAGACCGAGCUGAGCGAGAAGCUCCGGGCUCAGGAGGAAGAGUUUGCAUCUCAGAAGGAGGAGAUUACAAAUGCAAUCAAGGCAAACUACGAGAAGGUUCUCAACACAGAGCGCACACUGAAGACUCAGGCGGUGAACAAGCUGGCAGAAAUCAUGAAUCGCAAAGACAUGAAGCUGGACCAGAAGAAGAAGGGCAGCACGGCUGAUCUGCGGAAGAAGGAGAAGGAGAACCGCAAGCUUCAGCUGGAGCUCAAUCAGGAGAAGGAGAAGUUUAACCACAUGGCCAUCAAAUACCAGAAGGAACUGAGCGAGAUGCAGGCGCAACUGUCGGAGGAAUGCACGUAUCGCAACGAGCUGCAGAUGCAGCUGGACAGCAAGGAGAGUGACAUCGAGCAGCUCCGGGAGAAACUCAGCGACUUGCAGCAGCGCAUGGAUAACUCGAGUGUCACCAGCCUGCAGACGGACGAGACGGACAGUAACAUCGCAGAGUCCCGACUGGAGGGUUGGCUGUCCAUUCCUAAUCGUGCUAAUAUCAAGCGAUAUGGAUGGAAAAAGCAGUAUGUGGUGGUGAGCAGUAAGAAGAUUCUGUUCUACAAUGACGAACAGGAUAAGGAACAGUCGAACCCUUCAAUGGUACUAGAUAUUGACAAACUGUUUCACGUGAGACCCGUCACACAAGGAGACGUGUACCGAGCUGAGACGGAGGAGAUUCCAAGGAUAUUCCAGAUUUUAUAUGCCAACGAGGGCGAGUGCAGGAAGGAGGCGGAGAUGGAGACGGUCCCUCAGGGCGACAAGACCAACUGUCUCCCACACAAAGGCCACGAGUUCAUCCCCACGCUGUAUCAUUUCCCUUCCAACUGUGAGGCCUGCGCCAAGCCUUUGUGGCACGUCUUCAAGCCACCUCCGGCCCUGGAGUGUCGCCGGUGCCACGUGAAGUGCCACAAGGACCACCUUGACAAAAAGGAGGAUGUUAUUGCUCCUUGCAAAGUAAACUACGACGUGACCUCCGCCCGGGACAUGCUCCUGCUGGCCCUGACCCAAGACGAGCAGAAGAAAUGGAUUGGCCACCUUGGAAAGAAGAUCCCUAAGACCCCGCCAUCAACAUUUUCAAGAGCCUCGCCUCGUUCUAUGUCCACCCGCUCUGGACCCAACCAGUCCUUCCGCAAGAACCCUAAAAGCAAUACGGCAAAGCUGAGCAGAGCGCAGUCCAGCCUCCAAGCAGCAGACACAACAUCCAGCACUUGUUGACAGGAACUUCUUCAGAAAGUGUUGAUGUGUUGUUGUUUUUUAUUUUUUUAGACUUUUUCCUCUACGGCUUUAAACUUGUCUAUUUAUUAAUUGUGUAACUUGGCGUUUCUAACACGACAGACACUUCCUGGUUGGUUGGUUGACUCCUGGGCUCUAUCCAGUGGACACUUGGGAUUUUUCUAAUUGGCACUAAUGUGUUAUUGGGCUCAGUGACUAACUUCAUCGACUUACUUUGCAACUCUCAUUAGACCGGUCCACGUUAAGGAUUUUUACCUGUCAUACAUGAUGCGAAGCUGUUGAUGGUGUUCCCGUGUCUGUGAAGCAGCUUUUCUGUUGUGUGUGUGUGUGUGUGUGUGUGUGUGUGUCAGGGUGGGUUACUAACCAAAGCAAAGAUGUCGUCUUCCUUUUACUGGACACCUGUCUCUGUUCUUUCUUUCAGCUAACCAUCUGAAGCGUUGGGAUUUUUUUCUGGACUCUAAACUUUCCCUCCUUCCUCAU